AUGAUGUUCAACCCCUUUGUCACAUCUUCCCGGAGAAAGAACCGCAAGAGGUCCCUUAAUGCUCCACCUCACAUUUGCAGGAAGACUAUGUCCUCUCCACUUUCCAAUGGGCUGAGGCAGAAAUAUGAUGUUCACUCAAUGCCCAUAUGCAAGGAUGAUACGGCUCAGGUCAUCAGAGGAUACUACAAGUGUCAACAGCCUGGUAAAGUUGUCCAAGUAUACAGAAAGAAGUAUGCAAUCUAUGUUGAGCGUGUGCAGUGUGAAAAAGCCAAUGGUACCACAGUGCAUGUUGGUGUUCACCACAGUAAGGUGGUGAUUACCAGACUAAAGCUAGACAACGAUUGCAAGAAGAUCCUGGGACACAAGGCAAAAUCUCACCAAGUUGGCAAAGAUAGGGGCAUAUAUAAGGAAGAAUCUGCUGAAAAAGUGUAUGAGGAAUUAAAAAAUGGACCCAAUAAUCUUUGA